CUGAAGCAAAUGGUGAUGAGCCUGCGGGUGUCGGAGCUGCAGGUGCUGCUGGGCUACGCCGGGCGCAACAAGCACGGACGCAAGCACGAGCUGCUGAGCAAGGCGCUGAACCUGCUGAAGGCCGGCAGCAGCCCCGCCGUGUACAUGAAGGUCAAGGAGCUCUACCGGCGGCGCUUCCCCGCCAAGAUGGUGUCCCACUCGGAGCUGGCCGUGCCCGGGCCGCACCACCCGGCCGCGGCCGGCGUGGCCGGGGGAGGGGGCGCCGCGCUGCCCGCCGGCCUGACGCAGCUGGCGUACGAGGGCCACGGCGGAGCCCCGUCGCCCGCCGCCCUGCUGCCCCUCUCGCUGCUCGGCCCCGGGAAGCACGAGCUCGCCGGGCUGACGCACCACCUGUCCGGCUCGGCCACGCUGCACCCGGUCCACCCGGACGUCAAGCUGCAGAGGCUUCCCUUCUACGACAUGCUGGACGAGCUCAUCAAGCCCACCAGUCUAGCCUCAGACAACAGCCAGCGGUUUCAGGAGACGUGUUUCGCCUUCGCAUUAACGCCACAACAGGUCCAGCAGAUCAGCAGCUCGAUGGACAUCUCGGGGACCAAGUGUGAUUUCUCAGUUCAAGUCCAGCUGCGGUUUUGCCUGUCGGAGACCAGCUGUCCUCAGGAAGACCAUUUCCCACCCAAUCUGUGUGUGAAAGUCAACGGGAAGCCGUGUAACCUGCCGGGUUAUCUUCCUCCAACCAAAAACGGCGUCGAGCCCAAGCGGCCCAGCCGGCCCAUCAACAUUACCUCACUGGUCAGAUUGUCCACCACAGUCCCCAACACCAUCGUGGUGUCGUGGACCGCCGAGAUCGGAAGGAGUUACUCCAUGGCGGUGUACUUGGUGAAGCAGCAGUCGUCCACCGUGUUGUUACAGAGACUACGAGCCAAAGGCAUCAGAAACCCGGACCACUCCAGAGCCCUCAUCAAGGAGAAGCUCACAGCCGACCCCGACAGUGAAAUAGCCACGACCAGCCUUCGCGUGUCGCUGCUCUGCCCGCUGGGGAAGAUGCGGCUGAUGAUUCCAUGCCGGGCGCUGACAUGCUCCCACCUGCAGUGCUUCGACGCCACGCUGUACAUCCAGAUGAACGAGAAGAAGCCCACCUGGGUGUGUCCUGUGUGCGACAAGAAGGCCCCCUUUGAACACCUCAUCAUCGACGGGCUUUUCGUGGAGAUCCUCAACAGCUGCACAGACUGUGAUGAGAUCCAGUUCAAGGAGGACGGCAGCUGGGCCCCCAUGAGGUCUAAGAGGGAAGUGCAGGAGGUCUCCUCUGCUUCCUAUAACGGACUGGAUGGUUCAUGUCGAACGUCCGCGGGCUCGGACCAGCGGAGCUCGUCGUCGUCCGGCCACGGCGGCAACGACGGCAGCAACGGCAGGAAGGUGGAGGUGAUCGACUUGACACUGGACAGCUCCUCGGAAGACGAAGGGCAGGACUCGCCGCCGCCGCCUCAGCCCCAACGAGCGUGUCCCUCCAUGUCGCCGACCUCGCCGCCCAUCAGCAACAACAAAGGAGUGUUGAACCUGCACCACCAGGCCUCCCCGGUGAGCCGCACGCCCAGCAUGCCCGCCGUGGACACCGGCUACAUCCCCCCCAUCCCGCCGCUCAUCCAGGACUACCGGCCCUAUUACCACACGCCCAACGACCUGUCGGAGUUGAACUUCUUCUCUUUCCUUCAAAGCGACAAUCAUCAGCAUUACAACAUGGUGAUGGCAGCCGCGGCCGCCGCCUCGGCCUCCGAUGACCACGAGCUGCUCCUCAACCGCUUCCUGCCCUACGGCACCUCCGCCUCCUCCCAGCUGUUCCUCGACCAAUCGGGAGCCCCCUCGGCCGCCUCGCUGACCGCGCCCGCCAACGGGGCGAGCAACUCGGGCAGCAGCAGCAGCCUGGUGUCGUCGGGCAGCCUCCGCGACACUCACUCCACGCACUCGUCGUCGCACUCCUCGCACUCCUCGCACACGCACCCCGGGGCGGUGGCCAGCCGGAGCAGCGCCGAAGCGGCAGUGGCGGCUAUUUACGGCGGGAUACCCGACGUCAUAUCGUUGGACUGACUCGAGAUGGGUCAAGACUUCCCUUUAGGUCCAGCGGCGAUCCAGUGACAAAGCUUCUUUUUUUUGACUGCAGGGUAAAGUUUUGAUCCAGAAAAUAGACACGCCCCUCCCCCCACCCCCGAGUCAUCAAACUGUGGAUUGUGGAGUCGUAUUGAGACUCAAGAAGAGCACUAAGAUAAGGAGCGGGUUCAGACCUGAGAACAGUAAGGAGUCGUCAAUCAGUUGUGAACAUUCUGUUUGUAGACUGACUUCAGAUCAGAACCUGUCCAGCAUGUGGACCGGCGUUAACUGGUACCAAACCGGCACAAACAAGCAAAAACACAAAAGGAGGAAGGCUCUUUUUUUUUACUACAACGAGGAGCAGGCACCGUGUACAGAGAACAAAAUAUAUUUUCCUCUUUUACUUUUGUACGUUAAAUCGGGACAUUUUUGAGUCUAGGGCGCUGCUUCAAUCGCUGUUUUUAAGUGGAGGACUGAGGUUGUUUGUGUUUUUUUCUUCUUUUCUUUCUCUGUCACAAAAGCUCCUACAUAUGCCGGUUGCCACGUGGUUAUGUUCCUCUUCUCUUUUAUUCUGCUUUUACAUGUGGUUUUAUUUGCAUUUCUAUCACAUGUACUUCAACUCUCUUUCUCUUGUUCUCACUUUCCUCCAGUUGAUUUUUAAAUUCAUGGUGUAUUAUUUCUCUGUCCAAGAACACUGAAUUUACAUUUCAUGUACUAAUUCUAUUAUGCUUUUAAGUUAUAUAUAUUUAAACAGUUACAUAAAUAUCCAUAUAUAUAUGUAUAUAUUUAUAUAUGUAUUUAUAUAUGUAUAUACAUAUAUUUAUACAUGUAGAUAUAUAUUUAUAUAAAUAUAUAUGAAUAUAUAUAUAUAUUUAGAAAAACUAUUUAUGCAUUCCCUUUGACCUUCAGGUUAAUGCUGUGGGGAGUGUGCCGGUGGAAAUUAUAAAUUUGUUUUUUUAAUUUUCACUCGAUUUCCAACUCCUCACAAAGACUCUGCCAGCAUACAGCAUUUAGAAAUGGAGACUUUUCGACUAUUUAUAACUGCCAAUUUAGAGUUCUGAGCUGGAAAAGUUUACGAUUGUUUCCUUUUCUUUCUUUUCAUUUUUCAUUUUUGCACAAUGCCAAAAACAAGAUACGGUACCUAUGUAAAUUCUUACAGUAAUCAGAGUGCAGUUGAAUGUGUGUGUGUGUGUGUGUGUGUGUGCCACAGUGUUUCCACCCAACGGGGGUCCACUUCUUCCAUUCCAGCUGGUCGUUCUUCAGAAACCUCGAAUGUCCUUUCGGUGUCAUCGUUCUCUUACUCGACAGUGCGGAAAUCUCUUAAAGAGACAGGCGCCCAUGGCGUGGGACCAAGUUUUAAACGAGUGCCUGUUUGUGCGCAUGCUUCACGGCGUGUUUUUCGGAGGCUCGAGUUGAAUGUCUUAAAAUGGUGACCCGACGACCUCUGUUGAAGACUUGGCGUCGAUGUGAUGGAGCGAGAGACAUCUCCGCAUGCCAACUUGGACUGGGCACAAAGCCAGCGGGUUUUAGAAAUGCGUGACCCGUCCGUAAUCUGAACCAAACCCUUCGAGCUCGUCGGAGAAGUGUCAAAGCGAGCCGGGGCCCCUCAUCCCGCUGGAACACAGAGGUCGCUCACGAAUGUAUCGGAGAGUUUUAAAAGUGCACACAGGGUUUUUGCUUAAGUUUCUGGGUUAUCCAACAGAGGUUACAGAAGGUCAUCUCACCAGUGGCAUACAGUAGAACUGGUACCCGCCCAGUCGGCCCAGUCUGCGUGUCCUUGAAACGUUUCUUCUCGAUUGUCCACUUCCAGAUGUUCCGCUCACUUCAAAGCCUCAUUAUCCCCACCGCCAUGAGCUCAUCACCUCUGACUGCAUCGCCUGACCUUCUGUCCUGACCUUCAGCUGACUGGGAGACUCACCCCCUCCCUCCAUCCCUCCCUCCCUCCCUCCCUCCCGUCCUUCCUUGCUCUCUCUUCGCAUCUUUUAUUUGAUUCCCUGUUCGACCUCCGGCUCUCACGCUGAACCGGAACCAGUCUCGUGUAUUUCCUGUUGUUCAGUAUUUUUUUAUUUAUUCGGUUUUCUUAUUUCUAUACAUAUAAUAUUUUUUACACAUCGUUUGAUUUCCAAGAGUGACCGGCCACUCGGGAGCUGUUUUAAACAAAGAAAUGUUUUAUUGCUUUUUAUUAAAUAUGUAUUUUAUUAUUUGUUGUUUGCCGGAAAGGUACGCUUUAGAUCUGGGUCACGGAGAGACCUCUUGUGUAUCUUCUUGGGAGCCGACUUGAGUGACGUAUGAGAAGGAUGAGAAGGGCACGCAGCGCAUGUUUACUGUGCACGACUCACGGCGGUGUCAUUCUGAAUUCAUUCAAGGGGUCUUAUGAAGUCCUGCCGCUCACCAAGUCACUGCGAGUUCAUGUGAUUAACGGAUUAUGAAUGAAUGAUCGCCUCAAAAGUGACUUCACACAUUAAUUAAUAUGACACCCAAAUGAUCUGGAACCUAGUUACAUAGAAAAAUAGCAGUAGUGAGUAUUAGGAAAUAUGAAGGUGUUUUUUGUUUUGUUUUAUCAAACUUGUUGUAAGUAAUAAGCCAUUGUCCCUGUCCAAAACCAAUUUAUUUAAUAUAUAUAUAUAUGUAUGUAUGUAUGUAUAUAUGUAUAUAUAUAUGUAUGUAUAUAUAUAUAAUAUACAUGUAUAUACAUGUAUAUAUAUAUAUGUAUAUAUAUAUAGUUUCUCCUGUUACCCUUAUGGGUUUUAGAGAAAUCUCCUCUUUAUUACGCUCCAGAAGCCACUUCAUAACCCAUUUGAUGAGCUGAAAAUAUACCAUCAAUUGUUGUCUUUGCUCAUUAAAAGGUGUUUGAGUAAAAGUGGAAUGUAACUGGAUUUCAGCAAAUUCAGGGCAUAUAUGAAUUAAUGUGUGGAGUAACGUUGAGUUCAUUAACUGAAUAUUCAGUGUGUGUACACCUUUUCUUUAAAGAAGAGGUACCCAGACGCUUGACUAACAAUCAUCAGUGUUGACAAGGUGGUCACGGCUCAUGAAAUGCAUUCUGGUCACGAUGUAAUGGAUUUAAACUUCUUCUUUCCUCACGCAGCGCGCCGUGUAGGUUGCGCGCGGCUCCAUCGUGCGCAUGCGCAGUUGUUGGGUAUCCGAGGGAGAAGUUGGGGGAGUUAUGUUUUUUUAAUUUUUUUUAAUUUAAAUUAUAAAAUAUCAGGGUGCCUGUAGGGAUGGAUAAGCACAGAGGGCUGUUGCCAUCUCGAUCCCUUUCCAACUCCAAGCAUUUUUUAUUUGUUAUGUUGCAUCUUAUGUGUGAGGACACUGGGAAUAAGGCCACUAUUAUUAGUAUUACUAUUAUUAUUAUUAGUUACUGGUACAAAAAGUGUUUUCACAACCUCCAGAGGCGAACGGUGCCGAUCAGCUCCACUCUGUGGUUGUCAUGACGUCUCACCGUAGAUUUAAAAAAGAAGGGAAAAGUCAACCGCGUGUAUUUGGUGUCUGUACGGAAAGCCGGAGGUUCAGAUCCAAACGCGGGUGUUCGAUGUCCGUUUGUAUGCUUUUUGUGUGUCAGUUCAGAGCGAGAGAAUAAAUUAAUUUAUAUAUUUUUUAGAAGAUGACAGCUGUACUAUUAUACGAAUAAAAAAAAGGGACUGUGGCCAAUAAAGAGUCUUACACAGCAGAAAUAAUCUAAAAGUCCGACUUAAGUCGACAUCUGCACUCACUGCCUUAAAACAUUCACAGGUUCUGUGUCACGGCUCUCAUCCGAGAAAAAAUCCUAACAAGUCUUUUCGAGGAGGGCGAGGAGAAGACGGUGUACAGUAGACCCUUGUCAGUUUGUACAAAUAUACCAAGUGAGAAAAAAAACAAAUAUUUAUUACCUGCAUUGAAGAAAUUGUUUCCUUAUUGAAUGUUACCUGUUUAUGUAGAAAAGUUUAGAUGUAAUAAAAUGCAUUCUGUAACUUC